AAGCAAAUAAAUAAAGAGGGAAUGUGUUUUUUGUUCGUGUUAUCCUUUUGACAGUGUUUUUCUCUCUACACUUGAAACACGCUACGGCGGAGACGGUUGCGAUAAUCUAGAAACGCAAAACCGCUUAUCGGAAGCAUCGGCGGCGACCGCACCACCCUGCAAUCGUGCAACGUCGUUAUUACGGUCGAACAUACAAAUUACUUUGAUCAAACACCGAAUUUUCUCAACAUUCAUCUCUACUCCGCACUAAUUCAUUUUCCGCGUUCCUCUAUCAAUUAUAUCAAACCUUUCAAACCCUAACAAUGGCGAAUGAUGCAACCGAAGAUUCGACAAAAUUCGAAGACGAAUACUCACCUUCAUCAACCGUCAUCAAAUUCGACCGUCCAAUUCCCUUACUCCGAGGACCGUUACCGGCGAGUCCUUCCGACGAUCCAUCGGCGGGUCCAUACGUUCUAGCUUUCAAAGACUCACAUGCUUGGGCUUCUUCAUUCAUAGCCUGCGAGCGGAAGAUUGUUCAGCAAUGCGAACAAGGGGCGAGGAUUGGUUGCGCAAUUAACGCUUCUAGCAAGUGCAAGCCUCCUUGGUGGAAGGUUUUGUCAGGUGUUAAACUUGAAGAUUUGAAGGAACGAGAGGCUUGUGAAGUGCGCGAAAUGGAGGAGUGUUUUGCUGUGGCGAAGGAGAAGUGUGUUGGUUUUGCGAAAGAGAAGUGUUUGGUGCCGUUUAGGGAUGCAAGGAUUAAGGUUGGGAAAGGGGUUUUUAAUUUGAAGGAAGCUGUGAAGUUGAUUAGUUGGGGUUCAAGGCCGAUGAAUGGAAUGAAUUCCAACUGUUUGAUUGGUGGUGAAUUCGGUGUUACUAAUCGAAGGGCUAGUGAAUUGCUUGGUUCGGAUGAUUGUGUGCGACGGAUUUUGGAUGAGAGGCAACGAGGGACCGAAAAUUGAAAAAAUAUUGAAAUGAGGAAGCACAUCCUGCAUGAUUUUGUUGUUUGACACUCAAGAACGUUACCAGAAUUGCCAUCUCAUAGAGCUUGGCGAAUCAAAGUAUCCAGGUUUUUCUUCCCUCUAAAUUUUGAUUUAUGUUUUUUUUAAUAAGUUACAAGGAGGUAUUUGUUUGUGUAGUUGCAUCGCAACUUGAAAAAAAUGCUCCAUAGCCCCAUCUAUUUUGACGUUUCAUACGGUAAUGCACAGAGGUUAGAUUCUAACCUCUGUAUUCUGGAAUCUAACUGAAUUGAAUAUCUUUAAAUAAAAUCCGUGUCCGCUAUGUACUUCCUUUAUGCAA